AUGAGUCUUCAGAACUCAAAGAAUGUGCUGGAUGGAGGUUGGGGAUGGGUCAUUGUUGUGGCCUGCUUUGUGGCCCAGUUCCUGGCCUACGGCUCCCCCCAGUCGGUGGGCGUCCUGUACCCGGAGUGGCUCCACGCCUUCCAGGAGGGGAAAGGCAUGACAGCCUGGGUUGGCUCCCUGGUCUCUGGAGUGGGACUCAUAGCCAGUAAGUAUUCUCCAAACACCUUUGUUUAUUUAUUUAGAUACUGUGUGGGUAUAGUCUAAUGCUCUCAUCCAAAGACAGGGGAUACCUUCAGAGCUCACUGGUCUGUGAUUUUACCCAUAAUGCCACCAUUGUUGUAUGUGUUUAUAGAUUUUGUAUGUUACAAAAAAAUCUACGAACUAUUUUAUAACAAAAAUGUAUUCAACUCAGCAUCUGAACAUCUGUUCAAGAAUUCCAUGUAGAUUUUCUUGGCAUGGCUUUGAAUUGAUAUGCUAAACAGCAUGUCAGUGGUUAUACCUGAAUUUACUUAUCAAUGCACUUUAGUUGCAGCUACAUUGUCUUGAAAUUAGUCUCACCUGGUAUGCACGUCUGACACGUGUUGCUGUUGUAUAAUUAAUGAGCAACUGAAGGCAAACAACUUCUCUGGUAGAAAACGGCCUAUGGGGCAUCGAUAUUAGGCAGAAACAUUUAUUCUGGUGUCAAAAUUGACUACAAAGUGUAAAUAGGAUAAUUUUGGUCAGCAGAGUGAAAGUACAAACACUUGCCACGUUCGAACACACACGAGACACCCACAGCAAAGCACGCCUCCAAGACCCAAAUCUCGUUCUUGGUCGCAUGUUCUGAGGAGAACUGAAACCGAGGCUAAAUCAGAAAGUUCCCUUUAAUGAUGUCACUGAUAAAGUACCAGACAAAAGAAUGGUCCAACGUCUCUAUAAACACAUACAAUGAUGGUGGCAUUAUAGGUAAAGACACAGACCAAUUGUUAUCUUGCCAAGUAAUCUUGUUUGGAGGGCAGAGUUGCACAUGAUAAGACGGGAAAAUACGUAAUUUACCUAGGACAUAUCAACAGCUGUGAAAGUGCAGUGCUGACUUUGUCUGACUUGUCCUAAGUAGAUGAAGGGAAUUGUGCAAUAUGGAUGCACUUUGUGGUGCUGUUAACACUAAGUUGUGGUCACAAGUCAGCCCGGUCAUAAUUGCAGGAGGAGCACUUAGCUAUGAUCACACUGUCUGUGUCUGUCUGUCUGUGUCUGUGUCUCUGUGAAAAUGGGGAUGACAGAGAAAAAUAGGGAGGUUGAUAAAACAUUUAACAGUUUCAGUCGUUUGAAUGACCAGGGACACAGGAGGACUCAGUUCACUGCAUGGCUGCAAGCAAGCUGUAUUAAAGUUGCAUUCAAUUAUUUUGCUAAAACUGGAUCCGAGAUAGUAGAUCAUGAUCUUGCUUUACCGCCAGGCUAAGCCUCCCUUCACGUCGUUGCCUUUCCAAAGAGGUCAGUGAAAAGUAAUGACUAGACGGAUGGCUCCAAGUACACGUGUGGGGCUUGGCAGCUAGGCUAUGCAGGCUUAAACCAUGGACUCUUUUAAUUGGUGGUGAAAUGGAAGGGAGGGGGAGAUAGGGUUCAACAGGACACCCUCGGGUUGUCAGUUGUCUGCUCAGGAAUUCAAUGUGUCAGCACAAGAAGUAGAGUUUGACUCUGCUGAAACAAGUUGUCAAUUUAAUGUGCAUAAGACACAAGGACCUAUACAAAUUGCAGUGUAUAUCAUUGGAAGCUAAUCGGAUUGGGCUGCAUUUGACUUGGCGGGAUGCUAGGGAAACAUAGCAGUCUUUAAUAAAUUGGCAGCAGAUUAUGGGUUAGUGAGGUGAUCUUCCAAAACUUGGCCCAAGUCCUUGCUUCUGUCCACUGAAGGAUCCAAUUUGUCCUAACCAGACCUGUAUUUCCAUUGUUUGAAAUGCACACCGUCCCCCUAAAAAGUCCAUCAAUCAGGAUAUGUGGUCCCAUUUGCCAUAAAUAUAUAUAUUCCUGUAACUCCGUGUGCUUUUAAAUUUGUUAUGCUGUGAGGAUGAUGACGAAUGAGCAUCAAACGCUGUCCUUUUCCCUGACCCUUAACCUCUGCUCAGGUGUCUAAUAACUAGCUAGUGCCACUUUUAGGCCUCAGGGGAAAUGUGAGGACAGCAAAUGGAGUCACAAACCUAGCCAACAACACGCUUAAGGCAGAGGCUAAAGAGCACAGAUGAACCCUCUUAAAUAGGGAAUGAUAAAAAAGUGAAAAUUAUAAGGUCAAAAUAAUAUCAGUGCAGAAAAGGGGACCAUGUCACAUGGUUAGAGUUGAUACAGUAAAUAAUGUUUUCCUGCCAUGAAAUAACCCCACAUGUACAGUACACCUUGACUGGUAUCACUUUCCGUUUGGUUAGUUUAGUAUUGUUUAGUAAAUCCAUCUUGUUUACACCACAUGGAUCCUGAAAGCACCAUAUAAAUUCCAUCUUGUUUACACCACAUGGAUCCUGAAAGCACCAUAUAAAUUCCAUCUUGUUUACACCACAUGGAUCCUGAAAGCACCAUAUAAAUUCCAUCAUGUUUACACCACAUGGAUCCUGAAAGCACCAUAUAAAUUCCACCUUGUUUACACCACAUGGAUCCUGAAAGCACCAUAUAAAUUCCAUCUUGUUUACACCACAUGGAUCCUGAAAGCACCAUAUAAAUUCCAUCUUGUUUACACCACAUGGAUCCUGAAAGCACCAUAUAAAUUCCACCUUGUUUACACCACAUGGAUCCUGAAAGCACCAUAUAAAUUCCACCUUGUUUACACCACAUGGAUCCUGAAAGCACCAUAUAAAUUCCAUCUUGUUUACACCACAUGGAUCCUGAAAGCACCAUAUAAAUUCCAUCUUGUUUACACCACAUGGAUCCUGAAAGCACCAUAUAAAUUCCAUCUUGUUUACACCACAUGGAUCCUGAAAGCACCAUAUAAAUUCCAUCUUGUGUCUUUGUUGUUUGUGUCAUAUAAAAAAAAAAGUCUCCUCCCUAAACUCUCUGCGCUUAUUCAGCAAUGUACACUCAACUCUCCCAUACACGUCAUUCAUUCACACUUCCUCUCUGUCCUGUGUUCUCCCCCAGGUCCGGUCUGCAGUGCCUGUGUGGAUAACUUUGGGGCGCGCCCUGUGACCAUCUUCAGUGGGGUUAUGGUGGCAGGGGGCCUGAUGCUCAGUGCCUUCGCCCCAAACGUUCAGUUCCUCAUCUUCUCUUACGGUAUAGUCGUCGGUAAGUGAGAACCUUGUGGUGGUCUUUUACUGCUGAAGCAAGUCUGUGGUUUGUAUGGCCCACUAUUAGGAUUAGCCUUGUCAGUGUGAGGAAAUGAUAGGAAGUUGCUUGUGUACUCAGUGGUUUUGUUGGGAGUGAACUGUGUUUUUGACUCACCAUUACAUACAAAUAUUAGACAAUAACCUAUCUUUCACUGAUAGAUAAGACACAACUUCCUCAGAGAUAAGAAUUGAUACAUAAAGAAGUAUCAAGUUGGAGCUGUAAGUGAAUAGGUUCAUGCCUACGCUCGAGCACACAUGCACUGAGGGUAUGUGUAAAACAGAGGGGGCUGGUGGGAGGAGCUAUAGGAGGAUGGGCUCAUUGUAAUGGCUGGAAUGGAGUAAAUGGAACGGAGUGGUUUCCAUAUGUUUGAUACAGUUCCAUUAGUUUUUUGCAAUUGCUAACAAGCAUCGGUCAAUACUGAAGCCACUUUUUCAAAACUCUUCACACAGUCUGCAUUACCAACAUUCAUCUUGGCCAAACAGUUCAUCUCACCUCAAACUCACUCAAACCACCAAAACACUUCAUACAUGUCUCAAAAUAAGCUUGUUCAACCAUAACACUGGCAACAAUUCUCACUCAGAAAGCAUACAUUGUCACUCAUAACACACUGACCUAAAAAAAACACUAACGGGGAGCAUUACAUAAAUGAUGAACUUUUCUCUUUGAAGUUUGAAUGAUUUUUCACAUAAAUCAGUAUUUCAUUAUAGAAUAAGAAUAACACCUUUUCACUUUAUUGACUGUACUAAAGUAUAUGUAACAAUAAUGAUUCAGAAAUGCAGCAAUUUGCUUCAAUAGCCUUUAUUUUUUAUAUAUCUUUGUAUAUAGUAAUUUACUAUAAGUAAAUUACUACAAAAUUUUUUUUCCUGAAAGUAUAAUCACUCAUUCUGUACAGUACUGUGAGGGUUCUAGUUCUCCCUCUCUCCUGCAUUUGGCCACAAGUUCUCAUCAACAUCACAUCUUAUUUCUUCUCUGGCGAUGCAUCUUGGAAAGUAUCUUCUGGAAUGUCUAAUCCAACCCUGGCAGUCUUCAGGAGAAGUGUCUCCACACCCCGCAUUCAUGUCAUCCAGUAAGGACAUCUGGUCAUGUGGAUGGUGGUCAUAAACCUUCCACCUCCACGCAGAGAAAAACUCUUCUAUGGGGUUUAGGAAGGGGGAGUAUGGAGGCAGGAAUAGUACUGACAUCCUGGGAUGUGCAGCAAACCAGUCUGUGACUGUUUAUGCAGGUCAUGAAAUUAGCCUCUCUGUAUUGUAGGGGCCAAUGUAACGGCAAACCAUCAUUGGACAGUGCUGCACACAUUGUGAUGUUAGCUCCUCUCUGGCCUGGGACAUCCACGGUUGCUCUCUGUCCAAUCACAUUCCUUCCCCUGCAGUGUGUUUUUGCCACGUUGAAUCCAGCUUCAUCCACAAAGAUGAAUGUAUGUGCAGUUUGCCUGGCUUCCAUUUCCAUUACUCUCUAAAAUACAGUAAAUCCACAGUGUUACAGUACUUUACAUUAUGCAUAGCUGGGUAUGUACCCUGUUUGGUUAUUGAACAGACAUUUUACCUGGACAUAUUGAUACCGGAGUUCUUUCUCACGUUUACCGUUUCUCUCAAAGGGUACAGUGUACAACUGCUUCAUCCUUAUUUUAUGUUUCUCUAGGACGCUGGCAAUUGUCGUUGUGCUGACCGUAUUCACAUUCCCAAAAGUGAAAUUGUCUGCCAGCACUCUGUCCCGAAUUUCCUGCAGUUUUAUUGCAUUGUUACCAAUUAUCAAGUCAACAAUGGCAAUUUCCUGCGCAUUAGAUAAUAUUCUGGCUCUCCCUCCUGUGGGAGGCAACCUUUUGGAUCCUACUGAAAAACACAAAACAAUCAAUAUAUUUCAAAAUGUCAGUACAUGUAAAAAUGUGAACAUACUGUAUUGUACUGUAAUAUGUAGUUCAAUUAUUAUUGAAGGAUGCACAUCUCACCUGUUGUUUUGCCGGAAAAUACUAUUGUACUAUUGAUGCAACUGUUGAACGCUGCAGAUUUGGUCGCACCCUUAAACCGGCCUCUCUCAAAGAGAGAUCAUGGUUUACAACAUGGUAAAUAAUUGUGGCCUUUAUCUCAUCAGAGACCACCGCUCUUGGUCUUCCUCUCCUCUGUCCUCCACGCGUUCUCCCUCUCCCUGCCACUCUUCUUCCCCCAUCAACCUGUCUUCCUUGAUCCAUGUUUCCAAACUAAAUCAUGCCGAAGCCAUCCUCUUGUCUGUUUGGUAAUGAGACUAAAAACAGGACACUUGGGUAGGCUUUCAGCUGAAAUUGCAAUCAGCUGUGUUUGGAAUGAUUAAAUAUUCUGCUGAGAUUUUCUAUAUGUUUCAAUCUGGUUACUGCAGAAAUGCACGACAUUUGCCAUCAAUCUGUUUUGAAUGUGUUUUUAACGCAUUUGAAAACAUGUGCUGCAAAUAUUUCGUUUUGCAGGUGGUGGAGUAUGAAUGAGAAAAUAGUUAAUGGAUUUUGGAGAAUGUGGUCAUUGAAUGCGUUUUGUGUGAAAGCAAUGAAAAAUGAUUCACAGUUUAGCCCACAUACACUUCUGUUUCGCUGACUGUGUGAAGAGUUUUGACAAUGUGACUUCAGUUUUGACCAAUGCAUGUUAGCAAUUGAAAAAAACUGUAAUCCCAUUCCAGCCAUUACAAUGAGCCUGUCCUCCUAUAGCUCCUCCCACCAGCCUCCUCUGGUGCUGAAUGAGGGUAUAUGUAGGAAGUAUUCAGAGAUAUAAAAACAAGGUAGAGUCAGAUUCCCAGAUGCCUCUGGUGCCCCCCAAUAGUGUGACGGCCCCAUUACAGCCCCUUAUCUAACACCCAGUGACAGCUGUUCAAUGCUGAGGGGAUAGAGCCCAAUAGACUGCCACUGUCAACACUGCCUGUGGCAUUGACCUGAGCGAGAGGCCAUGCAUAUUUGAAGAAAGGCGUCUAUUUUCAGACCGUGUGGCUCAGUUUCCUCUUAUCGCUCCAGCCCCCCCCCUCUAGUCAUCCAUUGCGGAUCAAAUUACCAGAGACUUUUGGGGUGAUUUUACACUAGACAAAAGUUAUUGUGAAUAAAUGUAACGACUUUAUCAGAGAGCAACAGAUUUUAAACAUGGUGAAUGUGUUAUUACAGUACAUGACUAAGAUGGCCUUACACAGUCACACAGUUUUACAUUUAAGGUACACAGUUUACCGUGCAAGGCUUUGUUCAGAACAUUAAAUAUAUUCUUCAACAUGGUUAAUAAGGUACUGUAGUUAAAUGCUCCUCUACAAUGUGCUAAUAAAAUUUACCUCUGUUGUUUUUGUUGUCCACAGGUCUUGGCUGCGGUCUUCUCUAUGCUGCAACAUUGACCAUCACCUGUCAGUACUUUGACAAGAGACGUGGCCUCGCCCUCGGCAUAGUCACCACAGGUACUUCAGCCCCCCUCUGCGCUCACUGGGUUCACACCAAGUCUCCAUGCUCAGUUCUUUCUUGUUUCAGAAGACGGAAGUCUUGGAAUGCCAAGGUAAACAUUCUAGUCUAAAAACUGUGUGUCCUUGUGGUUAGGGAAGUGGACUUGUGACAAGAGGAACACUGGUAAUACAACCCAGUUCUGGAGCAUUCAGUUCUUGUCCCCAGUUUUUGUCACAAUCAAAUCUGAAACGAAAUUGCCUUAGGGAAUAUCCAGCUGUAUCAAUGGAGAACAGGGUGGGUAGCUUUAGGCAAAGCUUUUAUGAAAUGAAUAUAUCUCUAAUGGCUUAUUCUUGGAAUGCCAACACUAAAUCAUUCCUUUCUCUCAUUUAGGCACAAGUGUGGGAGGGUUCCUCUAUGCCACUGCUCAGAAUGAGCUGAUUCUUCUCUUUGACAUGGACGGCUGCCUGCUGAUUAUCGGAGCCUUGGCCCUCAACCUCAUGGCCUGUGGCGGCUUCAUGAGGCCUCUGAACAUGCCUGCCUACUACCUCAAACAGAAGGCUGCUCUGGAGCGCACAGAGGAGCAGCUCUUUGAGAACCCGCCUGCUGACGACCUCAAGACCACACCGAGCACCGGCGAGAGAACCUUGACGGUCAAGGAUCUCCUGAUCAUCAUCGACGCCAAAGACAUCACCAUCACCACAACUGACAAAAAAGGGGGCUUCAUGGCAGGUUCAGCCAUUGUGAAAAUGAUCAAGAAGAAGCGUCAGGCCUACUCAAAGUACAUGCACUCCACGGCUGACUUCCUGCACGACAGAAACUUCAUGGCCCUCUGCAUCGCCAUCUUCCUGUUCAGCCUGGGAGCCUUUCCUCCGGUCCUCUUCAUGGAGGAUGUGGCCCAGAGUGAGGGCCUCGUCGACGAGGUCAGCAUCAUCCCCCUGGUCUCCAUUGUAGCCGUCACUGCUGGCGUGGGCAAGCUGACCCUGGGCAUACUAGCAGACGUGAGGUGGAUCAACAGUGUGUUCCUGUACGCCUUCACCCUGCUGGGGACCGGGACAGCCCUCCUCCUCAUCCCCAUGUCCAAGAGCUACGUAGGCCUGCAGGUACUCUCCGCUGUGGUGGGCUUCUUCUCUGGGAACUGGUCCCUAACGUCUUACAUCACCACCAAGAUUGUGGGCCUGGACAAACUGACCCAAGCCCAUGGGGUCCUCAUGUUCUUUGGGGGAUUCGGGAUCGUGCUCGGGCCCCCUGUUGUUGGUAAGAAAGAUCCCACUUCUGACACCAUUGGUCAACAUCAUUGCGGAGUGUGUGGUACUGAUUUAGAGUUGUUAGUUUAGAGCUGGUACAGGUUCAUAUUCAUGCUUUUACAGAUGUCAAAACAUUUUUACAGAUUAUGUCAUAUUAAUGUGUGAGUGAGAAUGUUGAACUCAAGAUGUUUGCCUUUAGCUAGUCUUUAUCUGACUCAUACUUUGUCGAGAGAUUUUGUUGAUUCUAAUUAAAUUGUUUUUUCUCUCCUCUUCUUCCUGUUCCAGGGUGUUUUUUUGACUGGACCCAGUCCUAUGACCUGGCCUUCUACUUCAGUGGAGGCUCUGUGCUCCUGGGUGGGGUCACGCUCUUUCUCUGUGCUCUGCCCUGGUGGGACAAAAAGAAGGCUGACAUCGACAGGCCUGACAUUCAGUACACCAGCAACUGUGAAAAAGUUGCCUCUGUAGCCUGA